AUGGCUACCAACGGCUCAGCAACUCCAGACCAUGAAGACGGUCAGUCACAUCACCUCGAACACUCGGUCCACCAGCGACUGAGGGCCAAUUCCACCAUCAUGCAGUUGAAGAAGAUCCUCGUGGCCAAUCGAGGGGAAAUCCCCAUUCGAAUCUUCAGAACAGCUCACGAACUCUCCCUGCAGACCGUCGCCGUCUUCAGCUACGAGGACCGGUUGGGGAUGCAUAGACAAAAGGCGGACGAAGCAUACAUGAUUGGGAAGCGAGGCCAGUACACCCCGGUGGGCGCCUACCUGGCCGGCGACGAGAUCAUCAAGAUUGCUUUGGCCCACGGGGUUCAGAUGAUCCAUCCGGGCUAUGGUUUCCUGUCCGAGAACUCCGAGUUCGCUCGCAAGGUCGAGGAAGCCGGUAUUAUCUUCGUUGGUCCUUCCUACCAGGUCAUUGAGUCUCUCGGAGACAAAGUUUCGGCCCGAAGAUUGGCUAUGAAAUGCGACGUGCCUGUCGUGCCGGGUACGGAAGGUCCCGUGGCCAAGUUCGAGGAAGUCAAAGCUUUCACUGAUCAGUACGGCUUCCCGAUCAUCAUCAAAGCGGCUUUUGGGGGCGGCGGCCGAGGUAUGAGAGUGGUCCGGGAUCAGGAAAGCUUGAAAGGCGCUUUCGAGCGUGCGACCUCGGAAGCCAAAUCAGCCUUCGGAAACGGUACCGUCUUUGUAGAGCGCUUCCUGGACCGGCCCAAGCAUAUUGAAGUGCAAUUGCUGGGUGACAACCACGGCAAUGUGGUUCAUUUGUACGAACGAGACUGCAGUGUCCAACGACGACAUCAGAAAGUCGUGGAGCUGGCUCCGGCCAAAGAUCUUCCUGCCGAGGUGCGAGAUGCCAUUCUCAAUGACGCUGUCAAGCUGGCCAAAUCCGUCCACUACCGCAAUGCCGGGACCGCGGAGUUCCUGGUCGAUCAACAGAACAGAUACCACUUCAUCGAAAUCAAUCCCCGCAUUCAAGUCGAACACACCAUCACCGAAGAAAUCACGGGCAUUGACAUCGUGGCUGCUCAAAUCCAGAUUGCCGCCGGUGCCACGUUGGAGCAGUUGGGCUUGACACAAGAUCGUAUCUCGACCCGAGGAUUUGCUUUCCAAUGUCGUAUUACCACCGAGGACCCCUCUCAGGGUUUCUCGCCCGAUACCGGCAAGAUUGAAGUGUAUCGAUCUGCGGGCGGUAACGGGGUCCGUUUGGACGGUGGGAACGGGUUUGCGGGGGCCAUCAUUACUCCCCAUUACGACUCCAUGUUGGUCAAGUGUACUUGCCAUGGCUCGACGUACGAGAUUGUCCGUCGCAAGAUGCUGCGAGCACUGGUGGAGUUCCGGAUCCGCGGCGUCAAGACCAACAUCCCCUUCUUGGCCUCCCUCUUGACCCAUCCGACUUUUGUGGAAGGAACGUGCUGGACCACCUUUAUUGACGAUACGCCGGAAUUGUUCAAGUUGAUUGGCAGUCAAAAUCGAGCUCAGAAAUUGCUCCAAUACCUCGGAGACGUGGCCGUCAAUGGCAGCAGCAUCAAAGGCCAAAUUGGCGAGUCCAAAUUCAAGGGGGAGAUUAUCAUGCCCAAGUUGCUCGACGAGCACGGCAACGAAAUUGAUGUGACGGAGCCCUGCACCCAAGGAUGGAAAUCCAUCAUCGACACCGAAGGACCCGCCGCCUUUGCCAAGGCGGUUCGAGCCCACCAGGGAUGUCUCAUCAUGGACACGACCUGGCGCGAUGCUCAUCAGUCCCUGUUGGCGACUCGAGUCCGAACUGUGGACUUGUGCAACAUUGCCAAAGAGACCAGCUACGCCCUCAACCAUGCCUACUCCCUGGAGUGCUGGGGCGGAGCCACAUUUGAUGUCGCCAUGCGAUUCUUGUACGAAGAUCCGUGGGACCGACUUCGCAAGAUGAGAAAGUUGGUGCCCAAUAUUCCGUUCCAGAUGUUGCUCCGGGGAGCCAACGGGGUGGCCUACAAGUCACUGCCGGACAAUGCUAUCUAUCAUUUCUGCAAACAGGCCAAGAAGAAUGGCAUGGAUAUCUUCCGUGUGUUUGAUGCCCUCAACGACAUUGAUCAACUGGAGGUGGGCAUGAAAGCCGUUCAAGAAGCCGGAGGGGUGGUGGAAGGGACGGUCUGUUACAGCGGUGACAUGCUCAACCCGACGAAGAAGUACAACUUGGAAUAUUACAUGGAUGUCGUGGACAAGAUUGUCCGGAUUGGGACUCACGUGUUGGGGAUCAAGGACAUGGCCGGUGUGCUCAAACCCAAGGCCGCUCGUCUUUUGAUUGGCAGCAUUCGCCAGAAGUAUCCCGACUUACCCAUUCACGUCCACACUCACGAUUCGGCUGGUACGGGUGUGGCGUCGAUGGUGGCUUGUGCGGAAGCGGGCGCAGACGCGGUGGAUGCCGCGUCGGACAGUAUGUCGGGCAUGACAUCUCAGCCGAGCAUUGGUGCCAUUCUCGCUUCUCUCGAAGGCACGGUUUAUGAUCCGGGCUUGAAUGGCCACAAUGUCCGCGCUCUCGACCAGUAUUGGUCGCAAUUGAGAUUGCUCUAUUCUCCAUUCGAAGCCGGAUUGACUGGUCCGGAUCCCGAAGUGUAUGAGCACGAAAUUCCCGGGGGACAAUUGACCAACUUGAUCUUCCAGGCCUCUCAACUGGGUCUGGGAGAGCAAUGGCUGGAGACGAAAAAGGCAUACGAGCAAGCCAACGACCUCCUGGGGGACAUUGUCAAGGUGACCCCGACGUCCAAGGUGGUCGGUGAUCUGGCACAGUUCAUGGUGUCCAAUCGAUUGAGCGGCGACGCCGUCCGGGCCAAAGCCAAAGACCUCGACUUCCCCGAAUCCGUAUUGGAGUUUUUCGAGGGCUAUAUGGGUCAACCGUAUGGUGGAUUCCCCGAGCCUCUUCGAAGCGAUGCCUUGAGAGGUCGGAGAAAGAUGGACAAGCGACCGGGACUCUACCUGGAACCCGUUGAUUUCGCCAAGGUCAGGAAGGACCUGAAGGAGAGAUUCAAUACCAGCGCCGAGACGGAUGUCGCCAGCUUCGUCAUGUAUCCCAAGGUGUUUGAGGAUUACCGCAAAUUUGUGAACAAGUAUGGUGAUUUGUCCGUCCUGCCGACCAAGUACUUCCUGAACCGGCCCGAGAUUGGGGAAGAAUUCAACGUGGAGUUGGAGAAGGGGAAGGUUCUGAUCUUAAAGCUGUUGGCGGUCGGCCCUUUGUCAGAAACAACCGGUCAACGUGAGGUGUUCUACGAAGUGAACGGUGAAGUUCGACAAGUGACGAUUGACGAUACCCAGGCCGCGGUGGAGAAUACCAGUCGACCCAAGGCUGAUCCUGGCGAUAGCAGUCAAGUGGGAGCCCCCAUGUCCGGAGUGGUAGUUGAAGUACGAGCGACGGAAGGACAUGAAAUCAAGAAAGGAGACCCCAUUGCCGUAUUGAGCGCGAUGAAGAUGGAAAUGGUGAUCAGCGCACCCCAUUCCGGAAAAGUUGGACAUAUUUCGGUGAAAGAGGGCGACUCGGUUGCUGGAUCCGACUUGGUUUGCAGGAUUACCAAGGCAUAA